AUGUAUCGAUUUCGAAUCAAAUACUUUAUUAUUAUAUUAUUCAUAAUUGUCUAUUUAGGUAGUUUUUAUUUUCAAUAUCAACUUGUGUAAAUAUAACUUUUUCAGGUGGUCUCAUAGUUUAUCAUAAUAGUCUAACUCGGCAGAUUACAAAAAUUCGGAACGAAUUUGAAGAAUCUGAAGUUGAUUUUCAAGUAAACGAUGACAAACCAUCAACGGAAAAUUUAUUAACUUCAACUGUUUUAUUGAAACCAGAUUUUUCUGGAAUUUAUGUUAGAGAAGCUUAUCGUGUUUCAGAAUCGGAAAUUCGUUUGAUUUAUUUGGCUAAAAAUAAUAACUGGUAAGUUUUUUUCUAAAAUGAAUUACUAUGUUAAUUUUACAGGACUCCAAUAAUUGCAAAUAUAAAUAAUACUUGGAAAGAAAUUGAAUGGUUUUGCACAAAUUAUACAACUUGUAUCGAUUAUCAUCAUUGCUCAAUUUCUCCAAGAAUUGGUAGAUUAUUUAUUGAUCCUGCAACGGAUAAUGGAAAAUAUUUGAAAAUUUCAACUUCUGAAUCUCAAGAAUAUUUCAAGAUUCCUUUGAAUGAUAAAAGAUCGAGUUCAAAAAGAACGUAUGAACAUGGAUUAGGAGUUUGUCUACAACCAGUUUUUUAUUUAACCGAUUGGACAAUUAUUAUACAGUUUUUUGAAUCGUGGAUUGCUCAAGGUGCUACCAAAUUCUAUUUUUAUAUCAAUAGUUAUACCGAAAAAUCAGGAAAAGUACUACAAUUCUACAAGGAAACUCUUGGAGAUAAUCUUGAAUUAAUCGAUUGGUCUGAUCUACCAGUUCCUUCCCGUGAUCGUGGAAUUCCUGAUAGAGAUCCAAACGCACAUGUUUUUCGAUAUGGUGCAACUGCUUUUAUGCAUGAUUGUAUGUUAAGAGCACGGAAUAUUGUGAAAUUCGUGUCGAAUACGGAUUUGGAUGACUUUCCAUUUUCGAAAAAUAUGAGUAUUUUGAACGAUUUGGAGACAAUUUCAAAAAGACAUCCAAAAGCAGGACAAUUUGCAAUGGAUUGGUGGCUGAGUGAACAAAAAUUGGAUUGGGAUUCGAUCAAAACUCCUUCAGAUCUCAAUUUUAAUAUCGACGAAGUGAAAAUUCUUAAUAUUGACAACGUCAGAUUCGAUUAUUUUAAUGCCAAAAAAUUCAUUCAUCGCCCUGAAAGAGUUUGUAUUUUUUUGAUCAUAGGCAUAUGUUAUUCAAUUGUGAAAUCUAUAUUUGUUGUAGGUUAUACAUCUCGAUCAACAUAACGUGUAUGGAAAUGAGAAAAUCCGCAACGGUUAUUACUACACUGCUGUCGAAUUAUACAGUAAUCCCAACACAUUUUUCCUCCAUCUCCGUCGAUUUGAACGAUUUUUAAAAAAUGUGACAGUUUCGAGUUAUAAUGAAACUACAAAUGUCGAAACUUUGCAGUCUUUGAAUCGGAUUAUGAUGAAAAACUACGCGAAGCGGAUAAAAGGAACGUGGUUUGAAAGUGAGUUACGAGGGUCGACGAUCAAAUUUUUUCCCAUCGGAAAUAAUAUUUUCAGAAAAAUCGUUUCUCAUAACAGCAAAACUACAAAACAAAUAAACACAUGGUGUUUGAUUUUUUUUUUAAAUAAAUCAAACAUCAAAUGUUCUGAAAAUCAGAUAGAGGAAACAUGCCUCGUUUAUUUUUUUUUCAGAAUUCGAUUUCUCUCCGUGGUCCGUGGAAGCUCGUCAGGUGAUUAGAAACCUUGAACAAUGUCGAAAAGAGUCAUUUGGUUUAAAAUUGACAGAUGAAAAUGAAAUAUGUCGAGAGAGUUCAGCUGGUUGUGAAGGAUUGUUGAUGACUAAUACACGAUUUAUCAAACCGCCAAUUACUUGGAUAAAUAUCGCAGAUUCGGCGAAUUUCAAUAAUUAUGGGAGUGUUAUUAACCCUAAACAUUUAAAUUCAAAGUUUAAGAGGAUUUUGAAAAUUUAGGGUUUUUUUUAAAUAAAAAGAUUUAUUUUAUUGAACUUUUUGAUAGAAAAAUAACGAAAAUAGAAGUUCAAACCGCUCAUGAAACUCAAAUUGUUUUUUUGUCAUCCCCUCUCAAAAAUAUUUAUUUACUCAUGAAUCAUAAUUUGAUAAAUAAUAGACUGGUUGUGUCUUGUGUUCGACGAUUUGCAAAAAAUGAAAAUAAUUGUUUCGAUCUCUUUUCGAACUUUUGUGUCGCUUAAAUUGACAUCAUCUUUGAUCUAUUGAACAAUGAUAGGGCAAAUAGAAAAAUAACAUUUGUCACCCUUCUCUCAAUAAAUGUUUGUGUAAAGAAGCCCUAUAUAAAGAUGAAAAAAUCAUUUUUUUUUUUUUGGUAAACCCUUCAAUUAUUUUUCGGUCAUUUUUUGUUCUCUCUAUGUUUUUUAUGUUUUUCAAAUCGGAUAUAAUUAUUGAUCCGUAUCUCUCAUUUUUUUUGUGCGGUUCAACUGUCAUUUUAAUUCGAAAAUAAAAUUUUGUAUUCUUUAGAUGUGGCCAAAGACCGGUCUAUUGAUAUUUAUCGGACUAUUGGCUUUUUGCCAAGCACAACUUUCAUUAACAAGAUCAGACGAUUGCGGAGACAAUGAGACAUAUCAGACAUGUGGAAGUGCUUGCGAACCAUCGUGUGACACACCAAACCCUGUGAGUUUCAUUCAUCGAAAAUAAUUAAAGUUUUUUAUUAUGAAUUUUUUCAGUCGUUCUGCACAUUACAAUGUGUGAUUGGUUGUCAAUGUGAUACAGGAUAUGUCAGAAAUUCUAAGAAAGCGUGUGUCAAAUAUGAACAAUGUACUGAAACAUCAGCAUCUUCAAACUCUUCAGCAACAACUUCACCAAAUCUUGGACAAGUUCUUGGAUCAACCACUUCCCCUUCAUUCAAUUGUGCUGCCAAUGAAACUUACAGUGACUGUCACAGUCCAUGUACUGAAGCUAAAUGCCCAACAUCAGGAACAACUGAAGCCGUUGCUUGUAUCACAAUGUGUAUGCAAGGAUGUGCUUGUAAAUCAGGAUAUGUUCGAAAUAAUCAAGGAGAAUGUGUUUUAUCAGAAGAUUGUGGUGUUGUUGGUAAGAAUUAUACUUUGGUUUUUUUCAUUUUUAUGUUAAUUAUUACUCUAACAAAAACAAUUUAGCUCAAAGUAACCCAUGCGAAACGGUUGAUUGUAGAUCGGGAAUGAUUUGCGAAACACAAAAUGGAAAGCCGAUUUGUGUUCAAGGUUACUUUUUUUCUAAUUUCAAUUUUUCGGGAAAAAGCAUGUUCUAUCUUUAAGUUAAACCAACGGCAGCUAAUUGCGCAGCAGUUCUUUGCAUGAAUGGUUAUAAUUGUGUAACUCGUUUGGGAAAAGCAAGAUGUGUUCGAGCAGCUAUGGAUAUUCCAAGUAUCACAUGUAGAAAUGUUCGAUGUGGAACAUCAGGUGGAUGUGCUAUGGUUGAACCAGCUGGAUGUUCUGGAUCAGAUUGUGUUGCACAACCAAUGUGUAUCGAGUCAAAUCGUAUGUUUCUCCCAAAAAAGUUUGAGUUAUGAAAUUGAAAUCAAUUUAUUCCAGCGUGUCAUCAUACAAAGUGCACGGCAUUAACAGAAUGUGUUUUGAAACAAGUUACAUGUAUUAUGACACCAUGGUAGGCUACUUUGUUAGAAAAUAAAAUGAUGUGAUUUUAAAUUUUAGCAACCCAAUCGCCGAAUGUGUUCCUAAAAAAGCAAGCAUUUCUCGUCAGAAAAGAAACAGAUUCUCUGAUGAUUUCCUUCCAAAAUGUCCAGAAAACGAGAGUAUGGUAUCAUGCAAAAAUGCCUGCAGCGAAGAAGUUUGCAAUCAAAAAGAAAGAUUUAUGUGUACCCAAGAAUGUAGUUACGCAGGAUGUGCUUGCAGUUCGGGAUUCUAUAGACAUCCAAAUGGAAAAUGUGUCGAUCAAAAAGUUUGCGAUGGAUUAAAAACUAUUUAAAAUAUUAAUUAUUUUGUGUUACUUCUAAGUUGCCAUUUUUUUUUUCUGCAUGCCAUGGGAUUUUCCGUUGAUGAAUAAUGAUAAUAAUAUUUUGAGAAAACAUUGAGUAAAUAAUAUUUUAAUAGUUGAACAAGAAGAAGAUCAACAAUCAUCAGUGAUCAAUGGAACAAGUUGUGCAAUGGUUCGAUGUUCUUCAGAAACAGAAUGUGAAGAAAUUGAAAGUUGUGAUGAUUCUGGAUCUUGUAGUACUAAAGCGAGUUGUGUUAAACGAGUUGAAUUGAACUCAACAAUCUCUGGAUGUGAAACUAUAACUUGUCCAGUUGGAGAAACUUGUCAACAAAUCACAGUUAAUUGCCUUGUUGCACCGUGUCCACCGGUUGUAACUUGUCUUUCUGACAACUAUAAUUCAACCGAUGUUCCAACUCAAGGUUGUGAUGUUGUUCAAUGUGAAAGUGACGAGGUUUGUCAAGAAGACGCUGUUGAAUGUGAAGAUGAAACAUGGUAAUUCGAGAUUUUCUCAAAGCGAACAUCUUUUCACAAAAACAUGUUUCCAGCCCGGUUCGUAUUUCAUGUGUGAAAUAUGUUGAAGUAAACACAACAUCGACUACAAUCUCAACAUGCUCAACAAAUGAAACAUUCUCACAAUGCACAAACCCUUGUUCAGAAUCGAAGUGUAUAAUAAACACCGUAAGUUUUUUUCUCGAGAAAUUAAUUUAUUUUUGGUGAAAUGAGAAGGAACUGCGUCAUAAACAAAAACACACACUACAAUGUAUAUUGGAACAAAUGAUUUCCUGGUUUUUUCAGGAUUUUAUCUGCAACAGAAUGUGUGUUGCUGGAUGUACUUGUGAAACUGGCUAUAAACGAAAUACAACUGGACAUUGUGUUUUAUCAGAUGAUUGUCCGAUUGUUGUAGAAGCUACGUUGAAUUCGACAACAUGUGGAGUUAACGAAACUUUGACAGAAUGUUAUAACAGUUGUAGCGAAGAAAAAUGUGCUGGUAUUCCAAGCGUGAGUAUGGUACAUAAGUGGCUUAAUGAGAUCUCGGGUUUUAUUACAGUUCGCUCAAUGCACAACUCAUUGUCGUGUUGGUUGUGGAUGUUCUGAUGGUUAUGCAAGAUCAAACGAUGGAAAAUGCUACAAAGAAUUGGAUUGUCCCGAUAAUCAAAUUUGCGGUAAAAAUGAGGACUAUCGUUGUGAAGGAUGUGAUGCAACAUGUUCAAAUCUCUAUCCAAAAUGUGACACCAAAAAUUGCACAAAAUCUUGUCAAUGCGCAAAAGGAUUUGUGAGAAUAAAUGGAAAUUGUGUGACUUUCAAAAAAUGUUCGUCGCUGACAACAAAUAAUAUUACGUGUUUGGCUACUGAAAAAUAUACGGAUUGUCUUCCGAAAUGUUGGAUGAGUUGUACUGGAAAUCAAGAAUGUGAUAGUGAAAUUGAUGAAAAUGUUUGCACUGCGGGAUGUGUUUGUCGAGAUAAAUACAAGAAAGAUACAAAUGGAGAGUGUGUUCAUAACAGACACUGUUAUAAGAGUGAGUACAAAUAUUAGGUGUUUAUCGUAACACUGAUACUGUUAUAGGUACUGACUGUGUGGAUAACGAAGAAUGGGUCAAAUGCAAAGAUACUGAUCUGACUUGUGCAACAUUCCUUGGAAGCACAACAAAAGCUCCAACGCAUGACAGUUGUAAUUCAGGAUGUGCUUGUGUUGAUAAUUACGCAAGAAAUGCAAAUGGAACUUGUGUUCCCACAUCGGAAUGUGCUUAA